AUGCAACCAGCCACCAACAAAGCCGUCCUGCUGAUCGCCUUCGCAAUCAAUUCGUCUCCUCGCUUCGGAGCCGUCGUCGUCGUCUGCUCCUACAUGCAUGUGGUUACGAAUACCUACACAACUUUGACCCGACUGGAGAUGCCCUCCGAUCCCCACGUAUACGAGGCUCGCACAGAUUUGAUCAUAUUAUUCAUACUGCUCAAACGAACAACGUCCUACUGCAUCCAGCCAACAGUGCCGCUGCAGAUGCAUGCGAUAUCUAAACCGGUUACGAUACCCGCAGGUUCCCUCGACUCAUCGUUAACUUGA